AUGCUCAGCUCCUCUUCCAGGCUCGCGCCUGGCGUGAUUCAUCAACAGACCCCCAUACCUCCAGCAGUGCGGAGUAUUCGCAAACACUACAGGAGAUUUGUGAACUGGUUGAAUAAAGCAGCCCUCCCACUCUCACAUAAAAAAGUGGGAAACCAAGGUCAACUACGUCAAAUUUCUUUCCAGGAGACAAAGACCUCACCUUUAUUGAACCUUCCACUUGAACUCGUCCUCAUUAUCAACAGCCUUCUGCCUUUGGAAUCCCAAGUCUGCCUUGCUCUCACCUGCAAGACACUUCUCAGGCUUAACAAGCAAGCCCUGGCUGCCCCCCAAUUCAAGUUCUUGCCCAACGAUGUCUACGAUCGUGAAUUUAUGAAAAACUGUGAUAAUUUCAACACAGAGAGAUGGCGGUUGCUUCGCCUCUUUGGGUUGACAGACGUUGUUACAAAAAUCUCUGCGCUUAUCAGUGGAGAUGGCGAGUUAUUCAUUUGCACACAAUACGCAGUGUUUGCACGUGCGCUUCGUGUUAGCGAAUCCAUUGCACCUCUGCGUCGGGUUUUCUGCCCCCAUUUAUCUUUCUAUGAUUACCUUCUAUUAUUUUCGGGCUCAAGGAGUGAACUCGAUUUACAGGCCAGAAGGUUAUGGAGGAAACACCCGUUUAAUAUACCAUCUGAGGCAUUCCAAAGAGGGCUGUAUUGCCAGUAUUGUGACACCACAAUCUACGUCGUUAGGUCCAAUCUCAACAUCGGAGGGUAUCGCCGGAAUUUAUUUUUUGAAGUUAUGACAGUUAGGAAUCUGGGACGGCGUACAUAUGUCGAUGACACUUGGCGGUAUCAAACUGUAUAUCCAUCCUCGUGGAGUGGGUUUGGGAAUACGCCAUUUAAAAUACGAUAUCCACGCUCCUUACGUGAAAUUAGGGAUUCGCGGAAACAUAGUCCUUGGGCUUUUAAUUUUUGUUUCCACCGCAUUCUCACCCCAACGGAGAACAAAUCCCACCGAUGGCCCGCAGUUCUAGAAAAUCCGCUCACGUCCAACGAUAUUCCUCCCGUAAACGAACAUCUUCAUGACUCAGACAUCAAUAUCGACGGCAGUUAUGGUUUCAUUGUCAAAGUGGAGACUAUUAAUCGGCGCAGCGUCACCCCGAAGGGCUACCAGUCACCAGCACUGCGUAGAAGUGCGAACUCGUCGCUGGUGCCCAACCUCCCUCCCACCCGUGAUCAGUUCUCAUCAGCGUUGGCCGCGCCGAAGGGAACUGCGGGCCCCUCAUGCUGUGCCGACUGUGACCCACUAGGAGCCACAGCCGCCGUGCCAUGGGCAAAGCCGUUGAACCCAGACCAGCAACGUAGGAUGCUGGAGGAACAGAAGCAUGAGGGGAAGGAGACAUUCGUGAAAGCGGAAACCACAGUUGACCUCAAAAAGGAAGUCGUGAGCUCCUUGGACAACCUGCAGUUUCCUAGAUGGUAG